UUCGCUCCUUUUCAUGUUCCUGCUCAUAAGUCCUCUGCUUGCAAUGCAUGUACAACGUCUGCUGCUCUGAGACUUAUCAGAAGAAUGCUGACCUCAUGGAUAACUCUAGCAGCCUUUGUGCUCUUCAUCCCAGCAACUCAGUGUUCAAAUGAUUCCCCAUUUUCACUCUCAAACAAGGCCACUGGUUUCUGUUUGUUGAAAAAAUAUAGCCGCUGCCUUGACUUGCGCUGGACGACUGGUAACCGGAUUUUUGUUACCUCAACCAAAAAGUGCUUGGGAGCUCAGGGGAAAAGUGUGGGGAGUGAAGUGAACAUCUAUGAUUGUGACGACAAGAGCGCCCUUCAAAAGUGGGAAUGCAGGAAUGAAACACUGCUCGCCCUCAAAGACCAGCAGCUCUACAUCGAAGUCAAAGCGGAUGAAUCCAUUGCUCUCUCCAGAACAGUGGGGCCAAAUAACCACCUCACAAUCACAGGGACGUCCAGUGGAGCUUGUACAAGAACACACAGAGAGCUUUAUACCAUUGAGGGAAAUGCAUUUGGUAAGCUGUGCAUGUUUCCCUUCUUCUACAAAGACCGGUGGUUUGGAGAUUGCACAACAUUUGACUCCUCAACGAAGCGUAACUGGUGUGCCGUCGAAACUAAAUUUGAACGUGAACAGUGGGGAUACUGCCCGACUUCUUCCACAGAACACUGGUCCAAAAACCUGGUAACAGGAGCGUAUUACCAGCUGAACACACAGUCAGCUCUGACAUGGGCUCAGGCUGAGAGCAGCUGCAAACAGCAGACUGCUGCCCUGCUCAGUGUGGUUGAUCCCAGCGAACAGGCCUUCGUCUCAGCACUGUUGGGCUCAGGGAAAAGUAAACUGUGGCUUGGCUUAGUUUUGGACCCAGAACACGGCUGGCAGUGGUCUGACGGGAAGCCUUUCCGUUAUCUGAGAUGGGACACUGGAAAUCCACUUCCUAAUCCUGGACACAACUGUGCAUUUCUCAACUCUGCUGGGCAGCACAAUUGGCAAAGUUCAUCCUGUGGCAAAAAACUGGGCUACAUCUGCUACAAAGACGGGACCCCGGCAAGUCCUCCGCAAACUGAACAAGGCUUUUGUUCAAACCCUUGGAUUCCCUACAAUGGCCACUGUUUCCACCUGCACCGUACUACUCUAUCAUGGCCUGAUGCUCAGAGAGACUGUCGCAAGGAAGGAGGAGACCUCGUGAGCAUCCGGAAUGUGGAGGACCAAAGCUUUGUCAUCUCUCAGCUUGGAUAUGCAUCCACUGAUGAGCUUUGGAUCGGACUGAAUGACAGGAAGACAGAGGGGUUGUUUGACUGGAGUGACCACUCUACUGUUAGCUUUACUAGCUGGGAAUAUGGGAAACCAGCUGUCGCCACUGAGGGGGAAGACUGUGUUCUCAUCAGGGGGGAGAAUGGGAACUGGGCAGAUCGCUCAUGUGAUGAGAAACAUGGCUACAUCUGUAUGAAGCAAAGCUCCACUGAGAGCAAAGGAGAUGAAAUAGAUCUGGAUAUUGGAUGCAAAGCUGGUUGGAAGAGACAUGGCUCCUAUUGUUACUUUGUAGGAAGUGAAACAAAGACUUUUGAUGCAGCUAAAGAUGACUGCAAGAGCUCUGGCUCAUAUUUAGCUGAUGUUGCAAACGGGGUGGAUAAUGCCUUCCUUGUGAGCUUGGUGGGGCUGAGACCAGAGAAACACUUCUGGCUCGGGCUCUCAAACCAGAAGAACUUUGAUGUUUUUGAGUGGACCAACACAGACAUGGUGAGAUUUACUCACUGGAACACUGAAAUGCCAGGUUACAGACAAGGCUGUGUUGCCAUGACGACUGGGGUUUUGGCUGGGCUCUGGGAUCUGCUGCCCUGUGACAAUAAGGAGAAAUACAUCUGCAAGCAUCUGGCGGAGGGGGCAGUUUUCACUGCGCCACCACCAACUCAAAUUCCUCCUCAGUGUGCAGAUGGUUGGAAUCGAGUGGGAACAAGAAGCAUUUGCUCUAAGUUUUUCACAGGGCCUCGUUCACAUGAGAAGACCUGGUUUGAGGCGAGAGAUUACUGCAGGGCCAUUGGAGGGGAUCUGCUCAGCAUCCACAGCGCUGCAGAGCUACGAGUGCACUAUCGUGGUGGAAAAGGCUGGAUUGGACUUCAUAUUGCUGAUACAAACGUUGGUUUUGUCUGGAGUGAUGGAUCCCCGCUAAAUUACCAGCACUGGCAGGAAGGAGAGCCAAACAAUCUUAAUAAUGUAGAACACUGUGCUGAAUUUUUAAUACAUAACUGGGAUGAAGACGGGUCUUGGAAUGAUGCAAACUGUGAUCUUUACAAUGACUGGCUGUGUCAGAUCCGUGCAGGAGUGACUCCAAAGCCACCUCCAAAUGAUACAGCAGUGGACUAUAACACCACUUCAGAUGGCUGGCUUGAAUGGAGAGGGAAUCAUUAUUAUAUUAACAGAAUGUCAAAGUCCGUGGAAGAAGCUCGUACCUUCUGUCAGAGGAGGCACGGUGACUUAGCAUCGGUCAACAGUAAAGAGGAAAAUGCGUUUUUGUGGAAACAGAUAUCCCGGACCUAUGGGGCAUAUUAUAUUGGUUUGUCAGUGGAUCUUGAUCGGUCAUUUUGGUGGAUGGACGGUACUCCAGUGUCAUUUCAAAAAUGGGAUGACGAGCAACCUAAUUCUAAUGCCUUUGAUGAGAACUGUGUUGUUAUGACUUAUUACAUGGGCUUCUGGCGUACGACUAACUGUGGAAGAGAGACUCAGUUCAUUUGUAAACGAAGGAGCACAUCACCGGUCAACAGCACUCUAGCCCCAACGGUUACUCCUCAAGGUGGUUGUGGAAUCACAUGGGCAAAGUUUGGCUCAAAGUGUUACAAUGUCAUUAGUGACCGGAAGACCACCUGGGAAGAAGCAAGGAAACAGUGCGUUAUGAUGCGAGGCAAUUUAGUCUCUAUUCCCACAAGAAGUGUCCAAGCAUUUUUAACCACCAAAUUGGUCGAUAUAACGGCUACAGACCUGUGGAUAGGUUUAAAUGCUGUCAAACAAGAUGGAUUUUACUGGACUGAUGGAAAAUCACGGAAAUACACCAACUGGGGUUAUUCUAAACAUCAGCGUCGUCCUGGGACCUUUUAUCAGAGAUGGAAUGAGGAAGACUGUGUUGUGAUGACUACCACUUCUACGCUUGGCAUCGGUAAAUGGAUGGUUAAGUCUUGCAAUGACACCAGUGGAUUUAUCUGUCAUAAAAAUCUUGACCCAAAUAUCCAGUCUCCGCCAGACACAAUAGAUCCCAACAUCUAUGUACGCGUGGGAAAUGACAGCAUUAAGGUUGUGACUCAAAAUCUGACCUGGUAUGAUGCCAAGCGACGUUGUGAAAGCGAGAAAGCCAACUUGGCGAACCUACGAAAUGAGUGGACACAGGCCCAUCUUGACCUGGUGGCUAUGAAUCUUAAUGCUCCUCUUUGGAUUGGACUGAACAAAAACCAGACUGGAGGUUAUUUUAGGUAUGUCGAUGGCUGGCACCUGAACUUUGCCACUUGGGCUGAAUAUGAACCAAGCAGGAACAAACCUUGCGUGUACAUAGGUGUGGAUGGAAAAUGGAGGACUGCUUUCUGUAACCAGACCAUGAACAGUGUUUGCAUGCUGUCAGCAGAUGUGGCACCAACAGAGUCCACCAUGUUCCCAGGACGCUGCCCUGAAGAUACAAAUGUAGAGUACCAACAGAGUUACACCUGGCUGCCAUUUAAGGGUCACUGCUAUUUGUUUAUCACUGAUGAAAUUGAAUGGGCAGAUGCAGCUAGCAGCUGUGUCAGGCAUGGUGGAACACUGGUGAGCAUUGAAGAGCCCUCUGAGCAACAGUUCAUCAGAAGCAAUGUGGAAAUAUUUCAGGAUGGCCAAGCCUCUUUCUGGAUCGGACUGUUCAAAACCUAUACGGGGACGUGGAUGUGGUUGGAUAAAACAGUCUUGGACUACACUAACUGGGCUCCAGAAGAGCCUGAAUCUGACUAUGGAGCGAUCAGAACCUCAGAUGGGACUUGGAGCACCGGUCGCAGAUGGCACGACAGAGGAUACAUCUGUAAAACACCCAAAAUACUGAGCACAGAUCCAGAAUCAAAACCUGAACCUCAUGGAGGUCAGGAUCAGCGCAGUCGUGUCCACACAAGCCUGGUAGUUGUGCUGAUCAUUACUAUCACUUCUACGCUGAUGGUCGUUGCAUUCUUCCUCUACAAGAAGUCUCCUCGUCCCUUGCCCACCUUUGAGAAUCCGCUCUACUUCAACAGCGAACCAUCUCCGCCUGAUGUGGUUGACACCAAUAAAAUGAUAGAGAAUGCAGAAAACCCUGAGCCUAUUUUAACCCUGUGAUUUUUAAAGUAGCAGAACUUAGUGGGACCUAAACUUUACGGCAUCCCAGCCUGAUGUAUUAGACUUUGAUGCUUUAUUGCUUGUUUUUUUACUACAUACAAUAUAUAUUCAGGUAUUUAACAGUAUGUCACCAAGUGUGAGUUUCAGUGGAGUUGGCAAUGUCUAACCUCAUGGAACAGAACAAUUUAGGCUCUAGGAUGUCUCAAUGGGAAUGAUUAGUAUUUGAUUUUCUCUUUUACCUGUGACUGAAUGUAUAUAAUUGUUACAUGUGGGGCUUAUAUCCACUAGAUGCUGUUCAUUGCUUGUACUCUUGACGUGUAAAAAUAUCACUGCCUGUCACUGUUAAAUAAACAUUUAAUUUGCCAUUAAA